AUGGAUCCUCAUGGUGUACAAGAUUUGAUCAUUCAACUUGGGUUCCACAGACAGGCAGAAGAUUAUCAGUCAUACUUUGUAUUCAAGAAGCGAUAUUUUGAUGAUUUACGACUGGGCAUUACCAUCAUCAAUGAGAUCCUCGAGGUCGAAAUACCAAGGAGAGAGAAGGAAAUGCGUUCUCUAGAGGAGGCAAAAGCUGCAGAUGAAGAAGCGAAAGAGAAGGCGAGGAAGGGGUUCAUGGACGAUCGCAAUUCUGUAGCGGCGCGUGCACAACACGAGCGUGCAACGUGGCGCGCGGAAGGAACGCCGAAGGGCCCAACGAAGAAGCCGUUUGGUGCAAAGGUGAAAAUGCUAGGAGAUCUGAAUGCGGCUGACAGUGAAGGGCUCGGAUCUGAAGGAUGUGGAUGCGGGAGGACGUAA